AUGUCAAUUGCUGAGCUAGUUUUAUGGGGAAAGCUGAAUGGAGCUAUUAUAGACCCUCGUGUUUCCUUUGAAAAGGGUGCAGAUGGUAUCGGAGCCAGAUAUAAUGGAAGUAAUAGCGAGAAAGCCGAAAUACCUGGAAGCUUAAUUUCAGUGCCUUUAUCUAUCUGUAUCACGCCUAAAAUUGCAGUUGAGUCUCUAGGAAACUAUGGAAAGGCACUCUAUGAAAAGUCGACAAAUAUAAAUUCCGCUGUGAAGAUAUUCCUUUGUACUGAAAGAGCACUGGUGAAUAGAUCAUUCUUCAAGCCAUACAUAGAAUUGCUUCCAGCAUUGCAGGAAGUGGGGUCUCCGUACACCUGGAGCCCCGAAGAUAAAGCCAUGUUGAAAGGUACGAAUCUAGGUAACUCACUAAGUGAAAAUAUGUCCCAGUUAGUUGAAGAAUGGUGGCAGUGCAUCAGCUUAUUGCCUAAGGAAGUAGAGAAGGACGGGCUACCAAGUUUAACACAGGAUCAUUUUUUGAAUAUGAAAUUUUACUACGAGUACAAAUUCUAUACAGAUCAGGACAUUUAUGAAUACUUAAAGGCUACAGAUGUCGCUAAUUGGACCAGUUUUGGCAAUUAUUUAUGGUCAUCAUUGAUAUUGAAGUCCAGAUCAUUCCCAUACUACCUUUUCAAGGAAAGUAUCGAUGCAGAAAUCAAGCAGGACGAAGCGAUGCUCUUGCCUUUAAUAGAUUUACUUAACCAUAGCACCAGCGCUAAAGUGAAUUGGUCAACUUCAAAUACAAAUGGCCAAGCAUUCUUCAAUUUCCAAUCAGAAUCGACUGAAAGUGGAGCUGAGCUUUUCAACAACUAUGGCAUGAAGGGGAAUGAAGAAUUGCUCUUAGCCUACGGGUUCUGUCUCAAAGAUAACGUCGCGGACUCAGCUGCGUUGAAGAUUAAAGUUCCCUUAGAAAUAUUGCCAGAUUUAGAAGCACAAGGCAUCAAACUACCCCAGAUUAACGAUUACACAACUUCGAUAGUUCGGAAGGCACCAGUUACAGAAGAUCUGAAUGCUGUGAACGAUUAUUCAAAAUACUCAGAUGGAUUACUAUUCUUUAUCACGUCCGAUAACAUUCCUGAAAACUUGAUAGAACUUUUCCAGUGGCUAUGUAGAAACACAUUGGAGAAAACUAGAACGAAUACGGUGACCUUGAGAAUGAAGUUGGCCGGAUUAAACCAAUUAAGACAAGCCAUAGAGUCGAAAAAUGAACUCAUCAAGCUCCCAUCCGAAGGAAUCUCAACAUCACCAAAUGGCGAAAACAUUAAACUAUACUUAACUUCUCAAAAGAAAAUUUUCACCAGUUCAAUUAAAAAGAUCAAGAAUUUAGAAAAGGGUUUAUUAACAGACCCAGAACUCAAACCUCGCUUGCUCACAUUAAAAUCUAUUUACAAAAAGGAUGUCAAGCUCCAGCAAGCGUUAUUGGUAUCAUUAGGUAUCUCGUCGUACAAUGACAUCCUUGAAUCCGAAUUUCAGGAUCAAUUUUGGCUUUUAUACUUGAUGAGGUGCUACAAUAAGAAUGAAUAUGACGAUGAAGAUCCCGAGGAGAAAUACCUCCCAGAGUGGAUCCAUCGCAUGUUUACCGAGCUUAUGAACGAAACUGAGAUAAAGCCUGCUGAAGUAGUCCAAUUCAAGGAGAUAUAUCUUGGCUUGAUCCCACCAUUGGCAACUGCAGUCCCAGAAGUGUUUGCAAGAGGACAGUGGAGAGUAAACGAAAUGAUUAUCAGUGCAAAACUUCUCGAUUUGAUCAGUUUUGUUAGGGGCAAAGAACAAGAAUGUAUAUUAGUUGAAUGUGAUUAUAAUUAG